AUGAUAAAGACACUCGUGGAGCCGGUGAAGAAGGAGAGGGCGAGGGGCAGCUCGGUGGAUUCGACAGCGCUCACGCACGAGGGCGAGUUCAUCACUGUGCACUUUAGGGGCAAAAAGCGCGAGUGGAAGUGGCAGUACUUCAAUCUACUACGCCGACUCACCGCCAUCGCUUCUGCGGGGCUGUACGUGUACUUCUCUGUGACCGGUGCCGAAGACUCGUCGACACCCAAGUUCGAGAUCCAGGACUUCAAAGGAAACAUCAACCCGGUGCAAGGGAAAGUUCCUGGGCCUUCAGGUUCUAUUUUCCACAUCGCCAAGGGACUGCGGGAGGAUGCCACGAGUGCCAUCAUCGCGCUAAACAGGUUUUUCACGUUUCACGCUAUGCCCAUGGAGGUGGAUAUCUACGCUGCGACGAUGUUGCACUUAUUCUUGAAGGCUCACGCCCGAAAAGUGCCGUGGACAGCCUUUGUGAAGGAAGUAUACAAAGCGAAGCACGGCGCGGCAGCCGCUGAACGUCUCACGGCUGCCUCACCAGAACUCGGAGUCCUGAAGCGCCACCUCGUCAAGGCAGAAGACCCCUACGCGUUGCUGGACCUCCUCACAACUCGCAAGAGCUCGAAGAAACUAAUCUCACUGUCUCAGAACGGUUUUACUCAACAAGUAACUCCGUUUCUCUCCUCGCUGCCUCCGCCGGAGGUGCAGAAAGAAGCGAAGCAUUUGGUCGCGGAGGCUCUUCCGUUGCCUAUUUGGACGCAUACUCCGGUGGAAUGCGUUAUGCUCAGCGUUGUGUACGUGAGCACUGCUGUUACAGAGGCGCUGAAUCCUAGCUCAGCCUCUCCUAUUGCCAGAAUGCCCGAUUUUUUGCCGCAGCUGGACUUGCAAGCGAACGCUGCUGAGGCACGAAUGCUGCUGGAGUGCUCCUUGUCGAUCUGCACUCCGCUGAACGAUCGAUGGCUGCGCCUGGAGAAGCAGUCAAAGGCAUCACUGCAGCAAAAGCAAACGAAGGAUUCUGACUCCAGUGAAUUCGAUAUGGAGCAGUUUGUUGUCUCCAAAGACAAGAAAGAUGUGGAGAUUUCUGAGCGGAUAGCUCGGCUUUUGAAGCUUUGGAUUAACGUACCUGCUACCCCGAUGGUUCCAUCGAAUGGAGUGAAGAACUUCAUCACGCUCAAGGCAAUGGGCAGCUCAGUUCCAGUGCCUAGCACUUCUACCGGUCAAAAUUGUGAAGCGGAGAGUGUCAUCUCGGCGUUGUCUAUUUUCCCGAAAAAGUCUGCAGCUAACGACGCGAUUGUCGGCGAUACGCGCUUGCACACGGAUGAGAUUGUCAAGGUCGAGUCUAUCCGGAAACGAACCUUCUUAGGCGUCAUCUCUAGUGAGGUAAACUUGGAUUUGGCCGGACAACCCGUGUACCUGCAGUCGUGGCCAUACCUUGAACAGGAGGUGUUUUUCACUGAAGAGAGGGGCAUCAACGAGGCGUGUCUACGUGAGCUGUCGGCUGCAACAACUCUCUCCUCGCUCUUACCCGACCGAUUUAUGAAGCUCUAUGGAAUUAUCUUCCCUGCUGAUAGGAAGGACCGUCAGACAAACGACUCGGGAGCUGCUGGCAGCAAGUCAUCAUCUACGGCGGUCGACGUUGAUGAGCUUGAUCUGCUCGCAGCCACUAUUGAUGACGAUGGCAACCCACUUCCUGAAGGAAUGGACCGGUUAACACGGCAGAAGCACUACUUGGCUUUCGAGCAGCCGCUUCACAUGUUCUCGGGAAUUUUUGGAGCCCACCCUUCACUUACACCGGAGCUGCGCAAGAAGGCCAUCUUCGAUAUGCUUCAGAGUCUUUCUGCUGUUCACGACCAAGGUUACGUCCACCGCUUCGUUGCUCCCUCACAUCUCUUGGUGUUCAAGAACGGCAUUAAGCUCGGUGGCUUCCAUGCGAUGCGGAAGAUCGCCAAUAUCAAGCCAAAGGACGGUGAAGGAUCUUCCACUGCUGCGUACGAGAUGACAGAUGGAGAACGCAAAGAGCACUGCUAUGGCGCUUGGCUGUAUGUCACUGCUCCGGAAGUGUUGCUUGGUGAGACCAAGUACACGUGGCGAGCGGAUGUGUGGUCGGCAGGUUGUGUCGCCCUCGCUAUUCUUCUCGAGAACGUUCCGUUCCUCCAAGGACCCGACAUCAAGGUGCAGCUGGAUCUGAUCUACCGACUCUGUGGCACUCCUAGUUCGUCGUGGGAAAGCGCGCACAAGCUCCCUCUGUACAACGCAUUCCGACCCAAGCACGAAUACAAGAUGCGAUUCCGCAAAACGCUACUAGAGCAGCGCUCCAAGUUCCCCGACUUCCCUGAGGAUGCUGUGGAGGUGCUGGAGGCCAUGCUUCAGCUGGACCCGUCAAGGCGCUACACUGUGAAGAAGCUGCUCGAGGUGCGGUACUUUGACAGCGUUCGCAGCAGCGAGCGGACGUUCGACUUCAGUGGGCUCCCAUCGACCUUCCCAGUGCAGAAGAAGAAGCUCGUGCAGCACUUGCUCAAGUCGAAGGCCAAGAAACACCGAAGUGUUG